AUGCGAAACAACGUCCACAGAGAUCAUGAUUUAGCCUCAGCCUUCGUAUCGAGAGUAAUUUGCAACGAUUGCGACAAAAUCACCACUGAAGUUAAUCAUUCACGAAAACAAACUCGGCACGACGGGAAGUUCCACCUGCUGCCAACCGGUGAACUUCUGGUCCACAGUCUGGAGUUUAGCGAUCAAAUACACGGCUACAGAUGUCGAACGAUGCAUCGUCUCACUAGACAGGUGGUAGUGAGCUCUGUGGCCAACGUAAGGAUAGCAGGUAAUCACAGAGGGGUGAUGCCGCCGGUGAUUCUUGAAAACUCCGGCGUUGUUCACGUCGCUCAAGAUGAAUCAACGUCGUUAGUCUGCGUGGCGCAGGCUUGCCCUACUCCCGAGUAUCGGUGAGUUUUUUUUCUCUCAUCUCGAUGGAUUAAUCUUUCGUUGAUGUAAAAAGUUGCAACAGCGACUGUGAAUUUCAUUUUAAAAGAGAGUUUCCAAUUGCGUUAACCACGCUGUGAUUUUUCAUAUUUUUACCAUUCAUUUCAAUUUCGCCCUCACGUUUACGUUAUUUAACGUAAGACUGAAAUUAAUUUGUAGAUUUAGGUAGAAUAGGUCCUUUGUCUCAAACUCAGUAG